GCCAGCAGCCUGCCGUUCCAGCCCCCGUCUGGGUGGGGAUCGGUGGCGAGUCCCCCGCAGCGGCGGCGGGCAAGGUUAUAUAGGAAGAGAAAGAGCGAGGCAGAGAGCGAGGGCGCCAGCAGCCAGCCGGAGCGAGCGAGGGAGGGAGAGCGCACGGGCACACACACUCGCACACCCGCACCCUCGCGCACUCAGACCUGCUCGGGCCAGCCUUGAGGUCCCUGGGCUCCAUGGACGAGAUGCUACUGCUGGCGAGAUGUCUGCUGGUGGUGCUGGUCUCCUCGCUGCUGAUGUGCUCGGGGCUGGCGUGCGGACCCGGCCGGGGAUUUGGGAAGAGGCGGAACCCCAAAAAACUGACCCCUUUAGCCUACAAGCAGUUCAUCCCCAACGUGGCUGAGAAGACCCUAGGGGCCAGUGGAAGAUAUGAAGGGAAGAUCACGAGAAACUCGGAGCGAUUUAAGGAACUCACCCCCAAUUACAACCCUGACAUCAUAUUUAAGGAUGAAGAAAACACUGGAGCGGACCGGCUGAUGACUCAGCGGUGCAAGGACAAGUUGAACGCCUUAGCCAUCUCCGUGAUGAACCAGUGGCCGGGAGUGAAGCUGCGGGUGACAGAGGGCUGGGACGAAGAUGGCCACCACUCAGAAGAGUCGCUGCACUACGAGGGCCGCGCCGUGGACAUCACCACCUCGGACCGCGACCGCAGCAAGUACGGCACGCUGGCACGCCUGGCCGUGGAGGCCGGCUUCGACUGGGUCUACUACGAGUCCAAAGCGCACAUCCACUGCUCGGUGAAAGCAGAGAACUCGGUGGCGGCCAAAUCGGGCGGCUGCUUCCCGGGCUCGGCCACGGUGCACCUGGAGCAGGGCGGCACCAAGCUGGUGAAGGACCUGCGCCCCGGGGACCGCGUGCUGGCGGCCGACGACGAGGGCCGGCUGCUCUACAGCGACUUCCUCACCUUCCUGGACCGCGACCACGGCGCCAAGAAGGUCUUCUACGCGAUCGAGACGCGGGAGCCUCGCGAGCACCUGCUGCUCACCGCCGCGCACCUGCUCUUCGUCGCGCCGCACAACGGCUCGGCCGUCCGGGAGCCCGAGGCGCUGUCGGGCGCCGGGCGGCCGCCUGGGGGCGCGCCGGAGCGCCGGGCGCUCUUCGCCAGCAGCGUGCGCCCCGGCCAGCACGUGUACGUGGUGGCCGAGCGCGGCGGGGAUCGGCGGCUCCUGCCGGCCGCCGUGCACAGCGUGACGCUGCGCGAGGAGAGCGCGGGCGCGUACGCGCCGCUGACGGCGCACGGCACCAUCCUCAUCAACCGGGUGCUGGCGUCGUGCUACGCGGUCAUAGAGGAGCACAGCUGGGCGCACCGGGCCUUCGCGCCCUACCGCCUGGCGCACGCGCUCCUGGCCGCGCUGGCGCCCUCGCGCACGGACCGCGGCGGGGGCGGGGGCGGGGGCGGCGGCCGCGUUUCCCCGGCCGCGCCAGGUGCGCCCGACGCGCCAGGCGCCUCGGGCAUCCACUGGUACUCGCAGCUGCUCUACCAAAUAGGCACCUGGCUGUUGGACAGCGAGGCCUUGCACCCGCUCGGCAUGGCGGUCAAGUCCAGCUGA